AUGGAGGCUUUAGUCCCGGGCGACAGCAAAGAGGCUUCAGUCCUCAGCAUGGGAAUUAUCCUUACUCUCAGCCAGUUGGAGACAGGAGUUUCGGAAAUGCUUUCCCUUCUCAUCAGCCACUGUCUUCAGGGAGCAUAAAUAGACAUUUUGGCAGCCAACCUCCAGACUGUAAUCCAGGAUUGGGCUUUCAGCAAUUCAGCCAGAAAGGAAGUAACCCCCAAUCCCAUUCAACUUCCAUCCAUACACAUGGAAACUUUUACCCUAACCAAGAAUAUUUAAGCCGUACAGUUUACCCAUCACAACAGCAGCAGUAUUAUCAACAGCAGCAACAAUUCUCACAGCAACAGUUUCAACAGCAACAGCAGUCACAGCAGCAGCAGCACACAUUUCAACAGCAGCCACCUCAGGAAGGUCACAAUGGCUCCCAUCCGGAGUCAAAAAACGAAUUGCGUUCCCCGGGCCAGCAUGGGCUAGCAAGCAGAAUUGACAGCAGGGAUGUUCACGGCCACAGUGGUAAAGAAGACAGCCAAGAUGACAAAGACACCACUGGGACCUCCACUGUCAAUACCCGGGUGAACGCACGGAGGUGGGACAGCCAUGCUGAACAUUCGGCCAGCAACACAGAUUUGUGCAGAAAUUCACAGGAAGCAUCACUUUGUCAGACACCAGACAACAUCAGCUAUUGCAAUGAAAGUGAAAUUUUGAACCUAGACCAAAGUAAUGACCUAAUAACUAAUCUGGCCAAUAGUAAAAAUCAUAAGACAAGAAAGAGAAAAGGAAGAAGAAAAUUGUCUUUGAAAAAAUCCAAAAUGUCAGUGACUAAAGUUAAUAAUGAAAAAUGUUCAGAAGUAAUAGAAGAUUGUUAUGGUGACACCAAAGAUGUAACACACAAAAGUGCUUUAGACAAUAAUGGAGACGAUUCCAUACCUCAGUUGACUCAGGUAAAAAACCCUUAUUCCUACCCUCUACCAACUCAGCGUGGUAGGAGACGGGGAAAAAUGAGUUGGAGAAAAAAUAUCAAGGCUCUUCGCUUAAACAUACCAGAAUCAACAACUAACAACAGUUUGUGUUCUCUUAAUGAUAAUAAAGGGAUACUAAGUAACCACAAGAUGUUAGAUGAAGAAAGGAAGGACACUAAUGGGGUCGUUCUAUCCCCUAGGCUAAGAAGAUCUAGUAGCAGUACUGUAAAAAGUUCAGACACUGGGCCAAUGGGUAUCCACGCAGCCAGACAAGCAAAAUUGCGUUCAGUGUACUCAAAAAACCCAGACAAUGGGCAAAAAUUGCAUAAAAAGAAAAGGGAACCAUUGAAAGAAGGAAUUCAUUACAUCGUGGUGGGUAAAUUCAAAGGCCACCAUGUUAUGUUAGUUAAAUUAAGCAGAGUAUCAGUAAGCCCCACAGAAUCUGUAAAAGCUCAGGAUUUUGAAAGUUUUGCCUCUAAGGAAGUAGUUAGAACUGCAUCAUUAUCAAUGACACCACACACCUUGUGUGACCAAAUGCCAAGUGUAAAUCUCAACAGUAUACAUAUUGAAAAAAUUGUCAAUACAAAAAGCCCAAACAUUAGGAAAUCAAAACUUAGUCAAAGAUACAAUAAAAGACAGUUUCAGCUGUAUGGCAAGUUUCGCUCAGCUGAAGUAUCAGUCGGCAAGCAAGAGGACAUGUGUCAGGAAUCAGCAUCCACAGAAAUGAACAUUAAACACCUUCCAAAAAACGCGUUUGCUGGCCCCAUCAGUGGGGCCAGUCAAAAUCUCUCUCAAAGCAAUGUAUCUAAGGAUCAUUUUUUUUGUAAGUUCAAAGAAAGUUUUAUCCGACACAGCAGAGCCAAAGAACCCUCUCAUGAAUCUGAUGUCGUUUCACCGCACACUUUAUUUUUUGUUGG